ACCACUUGCAGAUAAUUAAAAUAUCAGAUGUAUUGUGUACACUCCGUGUGUAUUCACUUGAUGAAUACGCAGAAUCAUAUUUUACGUUGUACAGCAAUCGAAACAUAUUCAGUACAUACAUACUUUCAAAUAAACUGGUAUUCCACUAACUGUAGUGAUAGUGAAUAGUCUUUAUGAUAGAGGAAGACUGAGCACGGUUAUCAAGAAGUGUUCGGGUACAAUUACUUCAUUGGAGGAUGUCUCAAGUGCCUCCCAGCCUAUACGCCACGAGGGGAGUGCAGAUUUGUACAAAUAGACCACUCGUGCGCGGCAAGAAUCAAUCCUACCAAGCCGCCAUCACGGGCUGUGUAUCCAGUAUGAGGGGUGUUCGCUUCGGAAUCACGCGUUCAAUGUCCAGCAUGAUUCGUCCCCAGGCACAGAAUGCAUCUCGAGGUGCCCCGGUGGGUUUUGGCUCGGGCCGUACCUUUGCAGGAGGACCUAUGGCCAUGGUUAUAGGGGAGAAUGGAAUGCGGGUCACACGCACCGGACUGGAGACGAAUCUUUUCGAUAGUACUUCCAUGCGACUAUACUGUAGCAAGGCUCGGGCGAAGCCAUUUAGCAAGGAAGUGCCAAGUACGGCCGAAAGCAUUACCAAGGCAGCAGGCAGCGAAACUGCUGAACCUGCAACAAAGGCACCGAAGCCGUCAAUCAAGACGUUGUUUUCAUUCGCCAAGCCUGAGGCUGCCAAGCUGGUCGCCGCAGUCGCACUGUUGUUUGUAUCGUCAGCCGUGACCGUGAGUGUACCGUAUGGAGUGGGAAAGGUCAUAGAUAUGAUCGUGGAUCCCGAACAUGGUAUGGAGAAGCUACGCACACUCUCAUGGGCCAUUGGUGGGGUCUUUUUGGUCGGAGGCCUCGCCAACUUCGGGCGCGUAUAUCUCUUCCAGACUUCGUCGCAAAACAUUGUCGCUCGGUUGCGCUCUCGCGUAUUCCGCUCCAUCAUGACUCAGGAAACCGCCUUCUUCGAUAAAAACCAGAGUGGCGAGUUGGUCAAUCGGUUGUCAGCAGACACGCAGCUUGUAGGUAAGAGUAUCACCGAGAGUAUCUCCGACAUCCUGCGGAAUGUUAUUCAAGCGGGUGCGGGAAUCGGUAUGAUGGCUGCUAUGUCAAUGAAGCUCAUGGCCACCGUCACUGGGGUAGUGCCCGUGGUUGGUCUGAUGGCUAUGGGCUACGGCCGCUAUGUCAAGAGUCUCUCCAAACGAGUUCAGGAUAGCCUCGCUGAGACCACGCAGGUAGGACAAGAACGAAUUGCGAACAUUAGAACCGUCCGAGCCUUCGCGAAGGAAACCGAUGAAAUGGCUCGCUUCGACUCGAAAGUUAAUGACGUGCGGAAGUUGGGUCACACCGAAGCAUUGGCCCAGGGGAUGUUCUUCGGUUCAACUGGAAUGACCGGCAACUUCAUUAUGCUGGGAGUGCUGUGGUAUGGCGGUAACAUGAUGCAAACAGGCGAGCUGACCGUGGGAAACCUUACGUCUUUCCUGCUGUACACGGUAUACGUUGCUGGCUCAGUGGUGAACCUUAGCCGAUGCUACUCCGAUCUAAUGAGGGGGGCAGGAGCAGGCGAACGGCUGUUCGAAUUGCUGCACAGAGAUCCUAAGAUGAACUUUGAGGGUGGUACUACGAUCCCCAAGGAGGAAUUCAAGGGCUCAUUAGAGUUUGAAAAUGUCGAUUUUUCGUACGAAUCGCGGGGAGAUGCUAAAGUGUUCGAUGGUCUGAAUCUGAGCGUGCCUGCUAAUAGUGUACUGGGAGUGGUGGGAGGCAGUGGUAGCGGCAAGAGUACGCUCGGAAGUAUACUGUUCAGGCUGUAUGACGUUAAUUCGGGCACCGUGAAGAUUGAUGGUCGCGAUGUACGUGACCUCGACCCACACUGGCUGCGCUCGCAUGUGGGUGUGGUCAGUCAAGAACCCACCUUGUUUAGCGGAUCCAUCGCCGAUAACAUUGCGUAUGGUUGCGACGAUGCGGAUGUGAGAGAGAUCG